AUGUUUCUAAAGAUAUAUCUGCUUAUAAUGAUGAAGUUUGUACUUGGCGGUAGAGGACAACUUCGUUGUCCCUCUGAUUUUCUUUGUCAUAAUGAUGGACUCUGCGAUUCGAACGGUUCCUGUAUUUGUAAGCACGGUUGGACAGGUGAUAUGUGCGAGUUGGAGGCGAUACCGUGUCCAACACAACCGUGUGUCAACGGUAAUUGUGAAACGGAUGGCGAAGGACGGAAAUAUUGCCAAUGCGAUCACAGAUUUGAGGGAGAAUUUUGUGAACUCGAUAAAGAUGAAUGUGCUUUGAAAGUCUGUCCGGCUGAUGCAGAAUGUUUGAAUCAUAUGCCAAAACACGACAAAGACAAAGGAUAUUCAUGUAUCUGUCCCACUGGCUAUACUGGUGAUUUCUGUGAGAUGGAGGUAGAUCUCUGCGAAAUUUACAAGAAAAAGGGAGGGAACUACUGUCAUAAUGGUGGUGUAUGUGAAGCACGCUAUGUUUGUAUGUGCAGAGAUGGAUUUGGGGGUCCGCGCUGUGAUCAUCGAGUGCCGUUACACCGCGCAUAUGAGGAGUUCGGUUGCCCAGAACGUCCAGAAGUCUGUGCGAAGUUGUUCGAUGAUGGUCACUGCGAUGAAAUUUGCAACAGGGAGUCUUGCUUGUUUGACGGCUUUGACUGCGCGAAGAGUGAUGAUAGGGUUUGCCGAAACCCGUCCGACUGUGCUUAUAAGUACGGAGACGGUGAAUGUGAUGAAGAAUGUGCCGGAGCAGAGUGUGGGUAUGAUGGGGGUGACUGCGAGAAAACAAAUGGUACCAGUGCUGGCUCUGAUGGAAACAUGAUUGGCGUAGCUGUUGGGGUGCCACCAGAUGUGGCAGUAAAAAAUCUCAGACAACUACAAGCUGAACUUGCACAGCGCCUAUACACUCACGUUAGAUUAGCUGAAGACAAUGAGGGAGUUAUGGUGUUUGAAUGGAGUAUGGAUAGUGGUCAGGGCAACCGUAUUUCGGUUAUAGAUGAGCAGAUUGUCGUAGUCGAUAUGAAUAUCACAAUAAACGGUACGAUGGUGUUCUUCGAUGUUGACACAUCCGGCUGCCGACUUCGCCGUCGUCAAAAUCAUGUUCAGCCUCAAUGUUUCACCGAUCUCCGCGCGGCUGCCACGUAUCUGACCCUAGAAUUGGCUCGUGUACGUCCUUCGAAUGAAGAGGUGCUACCAAUUCGAGACAUUACCUGGAGGAAAAGACAGUUGGUAGCUGUACCCUUGAUGUCUCCGGUGACUUUCGCAAUUAUUUCAUCCGUUUUGUUCGUAGCAAUCUGCACUAUUUGCACAGGAGUUAUAGUAGCAAUAGUAAGAGUGAGAAGAAAGAGGAAGAAGACGGUUUUUGCACCCUAUUGGAGUAUUCCCGGAAACUUCGGGAAGGAAAAAUCAGAACGCAAAAAUGGCUUGUAUCGCCCGCCAACGCCACCAUAUUCUUAUUCUCCGGAGUACGGUGAUAACGGAGAUGAGCACAGGAAAGUGCCAAAAACUUUGCUUACACCAGUUGUCGAUGAAGAGUCACCUCUUCUCUUGGCUGUUCGUCGCGGCGAUCAUGACAGUGUGCAGCGCAUGAUCUUGAGCUCGGAAAAUUUCAUUGAUGCAAUGCUUGUCGAUUGUGGGCAGCUAGAUAUCUUUGAAAGAAACGCUGCUGGACAAUCACCGUUACUAUUUGCUGCUCGACUGGCGCAUCCAGAUUUGGAAUGUGUUUCGAUACUGGUGAAAGCUAUAGAUGAAGUGCGCAAGCGCCGCCAUGAUGAUGUAUUAUCUGAGCACUUUAACGAUCUUGAGGCGAACAGGAGAGAUUUGUUAAAAAUGCUUCCACUUCACGAUGAAGCUGAUGCGAAAUAUGCUCUUACUGACACUUUGGGUCGUAAUGUGAUACACUACGCUGCUUUAUACAAUGCUCCACAUCUUGUAAAUUAUUUCGCUGUAUGUGGCUCAAAUCUGAAUCUCGUCGAUAUCAAUGGUGAUGCUCCAAUACAUCUCGCUGCGAGGGACGCAAGUGUUGAGGCGCUGGUUGCUUUGAUUCGCAAUAAUUGCGAUGUGGACAUCAAAGACGGUUCAGAUCGAACAGCGUUUGAGAUAGCAUACUCGAAAGGACACUCAGUGAUUUGCAGCGUUUUCUCAUGA